CGCAGUAUCGAAAAAGGUAUACACUUGUCUCAAUAUGAAGGCUAUAUUCGUUACCAUCUUCGCUCUCUUUGCCAUCUCCUACGGCGGCGUUGUCUUGCCCCAGGCUUACAGCGUUGGAAUCGCUGCCCCUUAUGGUCUCCCUCUGGCCUACAGCGCUCCCAUCGUAGCUCCCGACGUACAGUCCGGAUACGUGGCCGCCACCCGUGGAGCCGUCCACACCGCUCCCCUUCCCCAGGGACCUCUUGCAUUCAGCCAUCAUAUUAACACCGCCCCGGCCCCAGGAACUCUUUAAAUUAUUACCUCUGUGACCUUUUGGAAAUUCAAUAAAUAAUACGACGACCCUAUGUGAAU